AAUACGUAGGAAUCAGCGCGGCCGUACGUGCGUUACAGCAACAACGCCCUGUUCGUAGCGGUGACGUAUUUCUUUUUGCGGUUUGUGAAGCACCGACUUAUCUUGCCGCGAUAUUUCAGCUUUGAGAGGUCGCUGCUGAGGAGAAGUCAGCUUGUAGCUUCAACAACAGUUUGCUAACUUCAGCCCGAGUUCACUCUCCGAACCGUCCGCCUGGUUUCUGUUAAUGUCGGCGGAGAAGCGCGAUAGUUUAUAGCCGUUUGUCCGCCCCCAGCUAGCUGUUGAGCUCCAAUUCACUGAGAAGUUAUCCCGGGUGAAAUUAGCCAGCUUUGUGGCACGAAGUGGGUCACACAGCUUCUUGUUGACACCUCCGGCUGGUUUCCUUCUCCUCCACUCGCCUCUUCCAGCGGGUCCGCAAACAUUAACGGUCACACGGACGAUGGUUUUACUAAAAAGCCUCCCGACUCCCACCGAGGGAGUGCGGCAUGAGCAAGCCGAGACCACGGCGGUGAUGGACGGCCAGAAGCUGGGCUGCGGCACGCUUUACGUAGCUGAAACGCGCCUGUCGUGGUUCGAUGGCUCGGGGAUGGGUUUCUCUCUGGACUAUCCCACCAUCGGCCUGCACGCCAUCUCCAGAGACGUCAGUGCUUACCCACAGGAGCACCUGUACGUCAUGGUCAACGGAAAACUUGGAGACGAGAAUGAAGCAGAAAUGGCAGAGAAAGCUCCUGAUGACGAAGAGAACGACAGCAACAGCAGUGGUGGAGAUGAUGAUGAUGAUGAUGAAGAGGGAGCCAUCACAGAGAUUCGAUUUGUGCCCAGCGACAAGGCAGCAUUGGAUUCCAUGUUCUCAGCGAUGUGUGAGUGCCAGGCUCUACAUCCCGACCCGGAGGACGACGACUCCGACAACGACUUUGAAGGAGAAGAGUAUGACGUGGAGGAGGCCGAGGCAGAGCACGGCCACGCUGACAUCCCCACCUUCUACACCUGUGACGAGGGUCUGUCGGCGCUCACAACGGAGGGCCAGGCCACGCUGGAGAGGCUGGAGGGGAUGUUGGCCCAGUCGGUCGCUCAGCAGUACCACAUGGCCGGAGUCCGAACCGAAGAAGCCAACGCUGAAUUUGAAGAUGGUAUGGAGGUGGACGCAGCAGCGCUGGAGGCCGGUCAGUUUGAGGACGCAGACGUCGACCACUGGUGA